GCGCAGCAGCAACUCUGUUGUUUCAGAGUUCCAGGCCAAACAUUCUGUGCGACAAACGGCUGAAUCGACUUUUUGUGUGCAAUGCACGACGUUUGCAUUAAUUAUAUUAGUAACAAAUUGUAAAUAGCGCAAUUACCAACAGAGAAAAGUAUUUAAUGUGAUCGUAUGCCGCGUAGUUAAACAAAAAAGUCGUUUGUCUGCAUUUACACUUUGAUGCUUCUUCGCGUCGCAGAAAAAUUGCGUGUGUGUGUGUGUGUGUGUUUUUUUGCGUAAACGUCUCUAACCAAAAUCGUAGUCGAAAAAACGGUAGCAACAACGUUUCCUUGGAAAAAUUUGUAAAUAGUCAACAAAAUUUUCAAGUAAAUGACCAAUAGAAGCAACCAGCUAGAAAAUAACACUCGAGGGCAAGCUUUAAGAACCAGACCAAUUAACGUGUCCAACGCCAUCGAGUGAGAUUUUUGUCAACCCAAAAGCAAUAAAAAGAGGAUCAAAAAACACAAAUACAAAUAAAUAAAAACAAAAAAUAAAUAAAAAAAUCAACAAACAACUAACUGCAGUGACUGCAGGCAACAACGGAACCAGAGCCAGAGAUACAACAACAACAGUUACAACGGCGACGACAGCAUCUGGCUACGCCAAGCGACACAAACAGCAAGCAGAAAAGCCAGCGUCGAGCCACAACAACAACAAACACAAAUGGGAACCAAUUCGGGAGCCACCGCUGGCAUCAAUAACAAGCCGGUCGGUGGUGCAGCCGUACUGGGCGUUGGUGUUGCCAAUUCAGCUAUUGGCGGCGGUGUGCUAUCCAACAGUUUGGGCAGCGGCGGCGGCGGCGGCAGUGGCCUCAGUAUCAGCGGCCUGGGCGGACAGAAUGCCAAUGUGGGCGGCAUAGUCACCGGAAUGGGCGGUGCUGGUGGCGGUGGCAAUAAUGGCAGCGACGAUGGCAUGGGCGGACCCGGCGGUGGACCCAAUAAUCAGCAGGCCACCACGCCCCAAUACACAAUUCCGGGCAUAUUGCAUUUCAUACAGCACGAAUGGUCGCGCUUCGAACUGGAGCGCUCACAAUGGGAUGUCGACAGGGCCGAGCUGCAGGCGCGUAUCGCGAUGCUGCUUGGCGAACGUAAAUGCUUGGAAAGCCUCAAAUCCGAUCUGACGCGACGCAUCAAGAUGCUGGAAUAUGCGCUGCGUCAGGAGCGAGCGAAAUUUUAUCGAUUAAAAUACGGAACCGAUCCGCCGCAACUGAACGAGUUCAAGCCCUCGUCAAAUGAUGAUGGUGGCCUCGGUGGCGAUGUGGCGACCGAUUCGGAAGUGCCCUACAGUUCCGUAUCGAACACCACGUGGCGACAGGGCAGGCAAAUGCUGCGCCAAUAUCUGGCCGAAAUUGGUUACACAGACAACAUAAUCGAUGUGCGCUCGAAUCGUGUGCGUUCCAUACUUGGCCUCAACAAUAAUGCGGAUCAUGAUGGCGGCGGCGGCGGUGGCAUCGGUGGCGUUGGCAGCGGCGGCAUUGGCAGCGGCGGCGAGAAUCUCAGUCCCAAUAUCAAUGGAAAUGAGAGCAAUAAACGUGCCUCAGAAUCGGAAGGCCGUCAUACUCCCGCUAAAAAAGUGCAACAAUCGAACGAUGCCAUCAUACUGGACACGGAGGCGGCGGUCAUGGCCAACUUUGAGUUUCUGGGACCGACAGAGAUGUCCGACGAUGAUGAGAUAUCCGAUGAUCUGGAAAUGGUCGCUACCGACAAUGAAGAUACCGAUGUCAAAAUGGCCAAACGGCCCAAAUCCGGCAAGGAUAUGCUUACCGAAGAUCUUGAGGCCGAGGUGGGAGAGCAGCUCUUAAACGAUAUGAAUCUCAUGACCGAAGAGGUGGACGGUUCACUGGGACUGGGUGAGCUGGCGCAGCUGACGGUCAACAAUGAGUCGGAUGGGGCUUACGAUGCGAAUGCCAAGGACGGCACCGGCGGCAGCGCUGGCGGAGCUGGCUAUCGCAAGACCUGGAAUGCCAAGUACACGCUGCGCUCCCAUUUCGAUGGUGUGCGCUCGCUUAUUUUCCAUCCGGAGGAGCCGGUGUUAAUUACCGCCUCCGAGGAUAAUACGCUCAAGCUGUGGAAUCUACAGAAAACGGUGCAAGCCAAAAAGUCCGCUAGUCUUGAUGUGGAACCGCUGUACACGUUCCGCGCCCAUACCGGACCCGUGCUGUGCCUGGGCAUGUCCUCCAGCGGCGAGACAUGCUAUUCCGGUGGCCUCGAUGGCAACAUCGAAUGCUGGCAGCUGCCAUCACCCAAUAUUGAUCCAUAUGAUUGUUACGAUCCGAAUGUGCAUUCCGGCACACUGGAGGGGCACACGGACGCCGUUUGGGGUCUAACCACCAUGCAGAACAAUAUUGUAUCAUGCUCGGCGGAUGGCACCGUUAAGCUGUGGUCACCGUACACCAAGGAGCCGCUGCUGCGCACCUAUACGGCCGCGGAGGCCGAGGGCGGGCCCUCAUCCGUGGACUUUGUGCGCAACGAGGUAGAUCACAUUGUGGUGGCCUAUAAUAGUGCACACUGCAUCAUCUAUGAUACGGAGACGGGCAAGCAGGUGAUCAAACUGGAGGCAUCGCAAGAGAUGUCCGGCAAUACGGGGAAGUUCAUCAAUAAGGUCGUCUCACAUCCGACACUGCCCAUCACCAUAACGGCGCACGAGGAUCGCCAUAUACGCUUCUGGGAUAACACAUCCGGAACUCUGGUGCAUUCGAUGGUCGCGCAUUUGGAGCCAGUCACAUCGUUAGCGGUCGAUGCGCAUGGACUGUAUUUGCUGUCCGGUUCGCACGACUGCUCCAUACGCCUUUGGAAUCUGGACAAUAAGACGUGCGUGCAGGAGAUAACUGCACACCGCAAGAAGUUCGAUGAGAGCAUAUUCGAUGUGGCGUUCCAUGCAACCAAGCCCUAUAUAGCCAGUGCCGGUGCCGAUGGAUUGGCCAAGGUCUUUGUUUAAGAUUAGGACUAACCCGAUCCCACAAUCCCCCGAUUCUCCCCUUCUCCAUACACUCACACACACCCACACACACACACACACAGCCAAUGCUGCAGCAGCUCUCAGCUAAGCGAUUACGAGUUCGAGUUAAAUAAUUAUACAUAUAAAUACACUUAUAUAUAUACAUUAUACUAUACAUUUAAAUCUAAUUAUACAAUUAUAUACAAGAGAUGAACAACAAACGCAAAUUAUGCAACACAACACAUUGCUGUAUACAUACAUAAAGCAAAACAAAACAACAACAACAACAAAAAAAAAAUGGGCAAAAUCAACCUAAAAAAUAUAUAUAAUAAAAUUUACAUUAUUAUUAUGGCAUUUCCGAGCGUAAGAGCGAGCACAUUUGUAAUCUAAAAGAUCAAACGAAUACGAAUACAAAACCAUGCCGCAUAUUAAUCACAAACACACACACACACAAAUUGUUAACAACAAAUGUAAAGUUCUUGAUUUUGUAGCAUAUCAUUUUUAGCCGCAAGCUCAACAAUUUUAUAUAGUUUCUUUCGUUUUGAAUGUAGACAAUUGCCAAUAUCGAUGACAAUUUAGUUUUUAAUUCUUUUGCCUAAACAGCGCAGCGAUUGUGUCAAUAGUUGCUCCAGUGGAUGUUUUACUGUACAAUUUAUAUAGAGAAACUUGAUUGAUGUAAUCGAUGAUGUAAUUGAUGAUUGACGAUUGACGAAUGAUGCAUGAUGUACGUACCUUUUUUAUUGGCCACUCGCUGUGCAAGUUUUGCCAAUUCAAAUUUACUCAUCCAACAAAACGUUUACGUAAUGAUAUAUAGACGAUCAAAUUUGUAGUCCAUAAGUCGCAUAUAUCCAUAUAUAUAUAGAUAUUGAUAAUAUAUAUAUGUAUAUAUGCAAAACUCGUACCCCCUCCCCCUUCCCCAUCAACACAAAGAGCGUGCAAGUUGUAAAUUAAGAUUAGUAAACGACGACGAUAAUGCUGAUUGAUGAUAAUGUUUAUUUAUUGAGAGUAGAAAGCGAGUGUAGUUGAAAGUAAACAUAAAAAUCGCCAGAAAACUUUAUUAAACACUAA